UCCUCUAUCUCCACGAGGAAUAGAUUCAUAUCAAUUUUAAUCAGAGAAAAACAGAACUGGCAGAUUCACAAGCAGAGUGUAGAGGAGUGGACAGAGAAGAAGGAGAAUUCAGAAGAGGGAGAGAUCUGAGAACAUGCCUCCAAGGUUCCCUCAUGUCUUUGCCCUGCUGUGAAGUUUCCCUUUCAACCAGGGGCUCCGCAGAGGAGGAGACGACCAGCCGCUGUGGGAUGUUGGACCAGAACCUCUGGCCCUGAGCGUGGAUGGUCUGGCUGUCGAUUCCUGGAGGUGGAGCAGGGAGUGGCUGGGAUGCUGCAGUUGUGUCGGACUUGGCAGGGAGACCUGUGAAAAAUGAAGGUGGACGUGCUGACUUGCCUUACUCUGAUAGCGGCCGGCUUUGUUGCCAUGGUGACCUGCGGCCGCAGCUCCAACCGCAGGAGACAGAAGGAGGUUUUCCUCGGAGAGAACAGCAAGUUCAAGUUUGGAGGACGCAUCGAUUACAAGCUGAAGAGACAAGACAGCACCAAGACACUGCUGAUAAAAAGUGAGCAGCUACUGAGGAUCGAAGAGCACGACUUCGCCCUGAGGCCGGGCUUUGGAGCUUCAGCCAUCCCUGUGGGCAUCGAUGUGCAGGUGGAGAGCAUUGACAGCAUCUCUGAGGUCAACAUGGACUUCACCACAACCCUAUACCUCCGUCAUUACUGGAAAGAUGAGCGGCUGUCGUUUCCAUCCCAAAACAACAAGAGCCGGACGUUUGACUCCCGACUGGUGAAGAAGAUCUGGGUUCCUGACGUCUUCUUUGUCCACUCCAAGCGCUCCUUCAUCCAUGACACCACCAUGGAGAACAUCAUGCUGCGGGUUUACCCCGACGGUAACAUCCUCUACAGUGUCAGGGUCACGGUGACAGCUCUCUGCUCAAUGGACUUCAGCAGUUUCCCUUUGGACACCCAGAACUGUUCGCUGGAGCUGGAGAGCUACGCUUAUAAUGAGAACGAUCUGAUGCUUUAUUGGAAGAACGGGAAUGACUCUCUAAGGACGGAUGAGAUCGUCUUGUCCCAGUUCUUCAUCGAACACUUCCACGCCUCUAGUGGACUCGCCUUCUACAGCAGCACAGGUUGGUACAACCGGCUCUUCAUUAACUUCAUCCUGCGGCGGCACAUCUUCUUCUUCAUGCUGCAGACCUACUUCCCCACCAUGCUGAUGGUCGUCCUCUCCUGGGUGUCCUUCUGGAUCGACAGGAGAGCCGUUCCUGCCCGCGUGUCUCUUGGUAUAACCACUGUCCUCACCAUGUCCACCAUCAUCACAGGAGUGUCCUCAUCCAUGCCUCAGGUGUCAUAUGUGAAAGCUGUGGACAUCUACCUGUGGACCAGCUUCCUGUUUGUCUUCCUGUCUGUGAUCGAAUAUGCAGCCGUAAACUACUGCACCACACUGGAGGAGAUGAGGAAGAUGAGGAGGGGGAAGAUCCCCUCCACCUUCAACGCCAGUCAGGCCAUGGCCUUCGAUGGCUGUUUCCAUGACAACGACAUCGAGCUGACCACCUUCCCUCGGAUGGCGCCCACGCGGACCACUGAACCUCUGACCACUCCGAGCCAGAACUCAGACCUGCGGCCCCCGGCGGGGACCCGGCUGCGGCGGCAGCGGUCUGUGCGGGAGAAUGUUGACCUGCUGGUGAACAACAGCUACAUGAUUGACUCAUACUCACGCCUGGCCUUCCCUCUGUCCUACCUGCUCUUCAACACUGUCUACUGGAGCAUGUACUCCUGAAGUGUUCACAACCUCAGACUUUAAUGAGCUGUCUGCUAAAACACCCAACAACAUGUUGGAGACUGUUUAACUCUCAAUUAGUGGUGUUUAACAUCCAGAGAGUAAAGCUAUAUUUUUAUUUUUUAAAAGUUUGUGUUCUUUAUGUGCUUUGUCAUCAUCUCAUGCUAAAAUACUUUAUGCCCAAGAGCUAAAAUAAAACAAAUUGAUGUAGAAA